AUGGAUGACCUCUAUGACGAGUUCGGUAACUACAUCGGCGAGGCCGAGUCGGAUGAGGAACAGCAGGACCAGGUCCCUCAUGCAUUCAAGUUCGAUGAUGCUUUCGAUGACGAGGAGGAACAAGAUGAUGUGGAGAUCAAUGAUCAGCAAUUAAUGGAGGUCGAUGAUGGACCCUCAAACGCCGUUAUUCUACACGAAGACAAGCAAUAUUACCCAAGCGCUCAGCAAGUAUACGGUACAGAUGUCGAAACUAUGGUCCAGGAGGAGGAUGCGCAGCCUUUAUCCCAGCCGAUUAUCGCGCCCGUCCAACAGAAGAAAUUUGCCCUUUCGGAGACUGAGCUUCCAUCCGUCUAUUUCUCCCGGGAGUUUAUGUCUGAUCUCCUCAAUUUCCCAGAGCAAAUCAGAAAUGUCGCGAUCGUGGGCCAUUUGCACCAUGGCAAGACCGCUUUUAUGGACAUGCUGGUGAAACAGACUCAUGAUCUAUCAGAGAGGUUGCAAAAGCGGAUCGGCAAGCGCAAGGAGGAACAGCUCCGAUAUACAGAUGUGCAUUUUCUGGAAAGAGAGCGAGGACUCUCGAUCAAGGCGGCACCGAUGAGCUUGGUUCUUCCAGGAACCAAGGGCAAGUCUCAUCUCCUCAACAUCAUUGAUACUCCAGGUCAUGUGAACUUUGUAGAUGAGGUUGCUGCCUCGAUCCGCCUUGCCGAUGGUGUGGUUCUGGUCGUCGACAUUGUGGAGGGAGUUCAGGCAAACACGGAGCAAAUUAUCAAGCAUGCCGUGUUGGAGGACCUUCCCCUAACCUUGAUUGUCAAUAAAAUGGAUCGCCUCAUCCUAGAGCUCAAGCUGCCGCCAAAUGAUGCCUACUUCAAAUUAAAACAUGUCAUUGAAGAGGUCAAUACUGUCAUUGAGAACGUUUUACCAGGUCAAGGGGAGAAACGCCGUGUAAGUCCUGAAAAGGGCAAUGUUGCUUUUGCUUCCAGCUCAAUGAACUGGUGCUUCACUCUCCAAUCAUUUGCCCGCAUGUACGCGGAUACCUAUCCUCGUCUUGACUCCACUGAGUUUGCUGCUCGACUUUGGGGAGACAUCUUCUACAAUCCUCGCAGCCGAAAGUUCACUCGCAAAGGCGUGGAGGAGAACGCCAGACGAUCUUUCGUCAAGUUUGUCUUGGAGCCAAUUUACAAGCUCUACUCUCAUACACUUAGCGAGAGUCCCGAAGAUCUUAAGGAAACUCUUUCCAGUGUGGGCGUCAGUCUAAAGCCAUCGCAAUUGAAGACCGAUGCGAAGGAGCUGCUGAGCCUUGUUUGCGAGCAGUUCUUUGGUCCCCCUACCGGCUUUGUGGACAUGGUCGUACAGCAUGUUCCUUCUCCCGUAGAUGGAGCUACAAGGUCAUUGCAGCGGUAUUACACUGGUCCGCUAGACUCGAAGAUUGCCUCCUCCAUAGCUACUUGUGAUCAGGAUGGCCCUCUGGUGAUUCACGUCACAAAGCUCUUCGGUACCACUGAUGCUACAGGGUUCUUCUCCUUUGGAAGGAUUUUGAGUGGUACUGCCCGGCCCGGUCAACAAGUUCGUGUCCUUGGCGAGGGCUACACCCCCGAGGAUGAAGAAGACAUGGUUGUUGCUACCAUCUCAGACACUUUUAUUGCAGAAACCGCCUACCAAAUCUCUACGGAUGGCGUCCCUGCUGGUAACUGGGUUCUUCUUGGUGGCGUAGAUAACUCCAUUGUGAAAACCGCAACAUUGGUCCCUCUCAAACUGGAAGAUGACGAAGAAGCCCACAUUUUCCGGCCCAUCAGGCAUAUGACAGAAUCGGUUUUCAAGGUUGCGGUAGAGCCAGUCAACCCGUCUGAAUUACCGAAGAUGCUGGAUGGAUUGCGCAAGGUCAACAAGAGUUACCCCUUAAUCUCUACUAAGGUUGAGGAAUCCGGUGAACACGUUAUUCUUGGUACAGGAGAGCUUUACAUGGAUUGUGUGCUUCAUGAUCUCCGACGAUUGUACUCGGAGAUGGAGAUUAAGGUCUCUGAUCCGGUCACACGUUUCUGUGAGACGGUAGUUGAAACAUCUGCCAUGAUGUGUUACUCGAUUACCCCUAACAAGAAGAACAAGAUCACUAUGAUCGCAGAGCCCUUGGAUGAUGGAAUUGCCGAAGAUAUCGAAAGCGGCAAGGUUAAUAUCAAGGACCCCAUUCGCAAGGUUGCUCGCUACUUUGAGGAUCAUUAUGAUUGGGAUAAGCUCGCAGCUCGCAGCAUCUGGGCUUUUGGGCCUGAUGAGAUGGGACCCAAUAUUCUCCAGGAUGACACCUUGCCUUCACAAGUGGACAAGAAGCUUCUAGGGACCGUCCGGGACUCUAUCACACAAGGUUUUAGCUGGGGUACAAGAGAGGGUCCACUGUGUGAAGAACCCAUCCGAAAUACAAAAUUCAAGCUCACGGAUGUGUCGCUUGCGGAUCAAGCCAUCUAUCGCGGUGGUGGCCAAAUCAUCCCCACUGCUCGUCGGGCAGUGUACUCAUCAUUCUUGAUGGCUUCACCCCGACUCAUGGAACCGAUAUACUCUUGCACUAUGACCGGCCCUGCCGAUGCAGUGGCUUCGGUGUAUACUGUUUUAUCUCGUCGACGAGGCCACGUCUUGUCCGAUGGGCCCAUUGCCGGAACCCCCCUCUACUCUGUUCGAGGACUUAUCCCCGUGAUUGACUCAUUUGGCUUUGAGACUGAUCUUCGUAUCCAUACCCAAGGUCAAGCCUCUGUUAAUCUCGCAUUCGAUAAAUGGAGUGUGGUUCCCGGUGAUCCACUUGAUCGUGAUGUCAAGUUGAAACCACUGGAGAUGGCAGGCGCUAUGGCUACUGCGCGAGACUUCGUUCUGAAGACGAGGCGGCGCAAGGGACUGGCGGAAGACGUGACCGUCAGCAAGUUCUUGGAGCCGGAGCUUUGGAAGGGGCUAAAGGAGAGUGGCGUUCUGGAUUCAUAA